GCUUCAACUUCUUUUUCAGAUCUUCCUUUCUUCUCUCUUAGCAGUCCAGUGUUAUUAUUAUUUUUGUUUUUCUUGGCUGUGCGUGUUCCCUUUCUUCUUUUCGUUUUUCUUUACCUAUAUUGCUUUAGCGGUUUACCGAGGCAGGAAAGUAGAAAGUAGAAAACCGGCACUUGCCCAUCACCAUGGUAAAGUUUCUCACCUUCGGCGCCGCCGCCGCCAUCGGCGCCGCCUUCCAUUCCUACACCUCCGCCCAGCGCACGGCCGCGCAGUGCGCCGCGAACAAGGAGGUCUUCACCACCAAGUUCCAGCCGUUUGUGCUGGGCGAGGUGCUGAACCUGGCCGAGGACGUCGCGAUCUUCCGCUUCCUGCUGAACGACCCGAAGGACACCUUCAACCUGGUUCCGUGCAGUACGCUGCAGGCGCACUUCAAGGAAGGCAGCAACAUGGUCGAUAAGCCGAUGCGCUUUUAUACGCCCAUCACGCCGAACGGCACGAAGGGCUACUUCGAUCUGCUCAUCAAGAAGCAGCGCCCCGGCCGCUUUACCGAGCACAUGUUCGGCAUGGACGUCGGUGAUAGCCUGUUGUUCCGCGUGGUGCAGUACAAGCUGUCCUACAAGAAGAACCGCUGGUCUGACGUGGGCAUGAUCUGCGGCGGCACCGGUAUCUGCCCGAUCCUGCAGUUUAUGAAUGCAUCCCUCGACACGCCGGGUGACACAACCCGGCUGAACAUGCUGUUCGCCAACCGCUCCGAGAACAAGAUCCUGCUGAAAGGCAUGCUGGACGAGAAGACGAGGGAGCACCGCGACCGCCUGCAGGUCUUCUACUCUGUCGACAAGUUCGACGAUCCGAACAUGAUUGCAAACCCGACCUACACGAAGGGCGCGCCGCUGAAGAUCGACGUGGCCUCCCAGCCAGACACGAGCCCGGACGGCAAGAAGUACUUCCACGGCUUCGAGGGCCACAUCGACAUUCCGAUGCUGCAGGCCACGAUGCCGAAGCCGUCGGACUCGACGCUCAUGCUCGUGUGCGGCCCGGACGGGAUGAUGGUGAAGGUGGUCGGUUCCGCGCCGAUGGUGCUGCGUGCGAUGUCGGGCGGCCUGGCCUACCAGCCCUCCGGUGCAGUGCUGAACAACGCCGCGGACGUCGCCGGCUACCUGGGUGAUUUGGGCUACACGAAGGAGAUGGUCUACCGAUUCUAA